GGCUGCCUAGACCAAAUCACCACAUUACAUUUUAUCUGCUGGAAUGCCAUCUGAUUGGACUCUGUGGUGCACACGGCCACAACAACACAGUUUAAUACGGAUCUAUGUAAAUACCACUGACUCGACAACUUUUGGGGGAGCCUCGGUCCAUCCACCUGUCAUCUGCACCUGGUGAGAGAGCAGUCAGGAUGUUGUUGUUGAUCCGGAUCCGGAUCCGCCCAGCCAGGCGUCACAGCACCGACAAGAUGGCCGAGAGUACGGGACGAAAGUGAGGGAGGAAACAAAAACACUGGCGAGCUAUCCCUGCCGCAGAUGCCAGACCUGUAGAGCUGCCGAGGGGACGAUAGAGGAAAGCUAAAAGCUCGGUGGUCGGCUUGGUCAAGACACCGCUGUGUGGGUGACAUCUGCGGUAUGCAGACAGAUCGUCCUCGGAGCCAGCGCGCUGACAGAACGUUUGUCAGGUUGUCUGCGUCUGCUAGCUAGCUAGCGGGCUAACCAUGUUAGCUAGCUGACAAAACCGUUAGCGAGAGAAUACGCUUUCAGAAAGUGACAGUUGGGUAAUUUUAUGAUACACAAUUGUUGCCACUUCCUUGUGUCGUUUGUCGCUGCAGAGAAAGUCCCCUGAGUGGGAAAACUCGGAUUUAACCCCCCCACUCGGCGAGCUGGUUAGCAAACUAACAUUGCGGAUUUCUUGUUUGCAGCUACAGCGUUAGCAUUAGCGAACGUCUGUUAGCUUGCUCAGCUGUUUUGGAUGACUCGGGGUUGCUCCGACACGGGGAAGGUACACCAGCGUGUGUGGAAGGACAUUUUCCCUCCACAUAUAAGUACCUGAGACGGUUCUUGGUAGGCCUGUGUCGCCGGGGGUGUCCGGGAGGACUGCUAACAUUAACCGCAGCGCAGCCGGGGACUGUAAACAUAAGUCAAGCCGAGGAGAGCUGCGCGAGGUCGAGGCGCAGAUCCAGUCAGCAUCACCAUGGCCCAUUCUCCUGUUCAGGGCAACCUGCCGGGGAUGCAGAAUGCCAAAGCUGACCCGGAGGAGCUGUUCACCAAGCUGGAGCGCAUUGGCAAGGGUUCGUUUGGCGAGGUGUUCAAAGGCAUCGACAAUCGCACCCAGAAAGUGGUGGCCAUCAAGAUCAUAGACCUGGAGGAAGCGGAGGACGAGAUCGAAGACAUUCAGCAGGAGAUCACGGUGCUGAGUCAGUGCGACAGCCCCUUUGUCACCAAGUACUACGGCUCGUACCUGAAGGACACUAAGUUAUGGAUCAUUAUGGAGUAUUUGGGUGGCGGCUCUGCAUUAGAUCUGAUGGAGCCCGGAGCUCUGGACGAGACCCAGAUCGCUACAAUCCUGAGAGAGAUCCUCAAGGGCCUUGAGUAUCUGCACUCUGAGAAGAAGAUCCACAGGGAUAUCAAAGCUGCCAACGUGCUGCUGUCCGAGCAAGGAGAGGUGAAGCUGGCAGAUUUCGGCGUGGCGGGUCAGCUCACCGACACUCAGAUCAAACGCAACACCUUUGUUGGCACGCCCUUCUGGAUGGCCCCCGAGGUCAUCAAACAGUCGGCCUACGACUCCAAGGCGGAUAUUUGGUCUCUGGGCAUCACAGCCAUUGAGCUGGCGAAAGGCGAGCCGCCUCACUCGGAGCUCCACCCCAUGAAGGUUUUAUUCCUCAUCCCAAAGAACAACCCGCCCACGCUGGAGGGCAACUACAGCAAACCGCUCAAGGAGUUCAUCGAGGCCUGCCUCAACAAAGAGCCCAGUUUUAGGCCAACUGCCAAAGAGCUGCUGAAGCAUAAGCUGAUCGUCCGCCAUGCGAAGAAGACCUCCUACCUGACCGAGCUGGUGGACAAGUACAAGAGGUGGAAGGCAGAGCAGUCGAGAACCACCGAGUCCAGUUCUGAUGAGUCCGACUCAGAGCAGGAUGGCCAGGCGUCAGGCGGGAACGACUUUGGCAGCGACGACUGGAUCUUCACCAUCCGGGAGAAGGACCCCAAGAAGCUGCAGAACGGGGAGGGGCAGUCGGGGGCAACAGACCAGACAAAAGACAUUCCAAAGAGGCCUUAUUCACAGAGCCUGGCCACAGUAAUCUCUCCUGCGUUAGCUGAGCUCAAGGCGAGGCAGGAGCAGGUGAAUGGGAACCCCAUGGUCCUGGAUGAGCUGAGGGAGGCCAUCCUUAUGGCCGAGGAGGCCUUCCCCGGCAUCUCCGAUUCCCUGGUGGCUCACAUGGUCCACAGGCUGCAGAGUUUCUCCACAAGCAGGACGUCCUCCUCCUCCCCCUAGUAACUGGCUCUCUGCCCCAGCCCUGCUCUCCCAGGCCCCCCAACCCCCCCCAACACCACAGCCACAGGUCAGAGGGUUAAAAGCCAAGGGUCAUGUCAUUCAAUACCAGCUGACCACGUUUGACCUCCCGUGUCGUGGGGGGGCUAAUCUAGCCUGUAAAAAAUUACUGAACUCUGGCGCGGAGGACAACAGAGAGACUCUGGAGAGCUUCUUUUAGCCACUUUUGAGAGGAGACGUUCAGGGGACGACAGAACCUGCGGAUCGGCUGCGAUGAGACUCAAAGUCAGAGCGAGUCAGACUCUGGGCUCUGCGAGACUUCUCCAGCCUCACACCGAGGCGUCUCCACACGGAAUUUUGCCCGACGAGGAGCCCCCUUUAAUCCCCCUCUUAAUGCAGGCGUCAUAUCCCCAGAACCUCUGAAAGCAUGCUUGAUGAACCUGCAGGGAUAUUAUCUUUGUGUGCAAGCUGCGUAUGUGUGCGUGCACCUGCGAGCGUGUUUGUCUGUCUGUAUGUGUGUGUGUGUGUGCGUGUGUGUGUGCACGUGUGCGCUCACGUAUGUAAGACUCCCUGUUAAGGCAAAUUGCAGCAUUCUUAAUGAAACCUCAGGUAAAGUGCUUUAAGUGGACUUCGAGGCAGUGGGAGGAGGGGGGAGGGUAGGGGGGGUCGCCAUGCUGUACAUGAUUACGAGUUGUCAUCGCGGGAAAUGAAUCACUGUGUACAAAAUGGUCAUGCGCAUUUUGUAGAUAUUGAUAAUGUUUAAAAGUAGAUAUUUAAAGAUUUCAAAAAGUUACUCCAAGAGAAAGAACAGAAAAUGCCUUGCCUUUUUGAGAUACACACGUCUACGUUCUGGCAUUUCAUCCGAGACUUCAGUUUGUUUUCUUUUGCUCGUCGGUGAGUGAAAAUUCAGUAUUCAUCUGUGUUUUCUGACUAAGUUACUGAGCUCCAAUCUUCCAUUUCAAUCACCUGCUGAAUCAUCGGACUAACUAUGAUACUAAGCUUACUUUGUUUAGAGGCAGAAGCUUUUCCUUUGUUUUUGUAGUCAGGGGGAAAAACUCCUCCCUGUACUUAUGUUUUAGACAAUUUAAGUUUUGAAAUUGUUUAGGUCAAGAAUGAAGGUAGAUCUGUGUCAACAGUGGCUCUUUUAAUAAUAAUACAGAGUAGAGCCAAGGACAAUUACAAGGAGGAGCCACUUGCUGAUAUCAUGUAAAGUAUUACUUUUCCUUGGCUUGUACUUUAUCUUCGCUUUAAAAGUGGAGCAGAGGAGUAACCGGCAAGGACCAUCGUAGGCAAUCACAUCAUGACACUCGCUCAUGGCCAAACUAAACCGUAGAUCAGGACGAGCCAAGCUGCAGAAAUCAACGCCAUCUUUAUUUCCUUCACUCCAGACAUUUCUGUUCUCACUUCCACACCACGCUAGAAGUGCCAUGUCGUCUUUUAUGCUUUCACCAGAUGUUUGUAGUAUGAUUUGCACCUUUUUGUUUUUUAAUUUUCAGAUCAGUUGUUUUGUUUUGUUUUGCACUUUGAAAGUGUGUCAAGUAUUUAAAGAAACCUGUAAGAGGAAAAAAAAACAAAAAUGAAAAAAGUUGCUAAUAGCCAUGUUUUACUAUAUAUGUUUACUUAAGAGUUCCAGAAUUUACUACUGUGCUAAUGCAGCAAUAAUGUUGAGGAGUUGCAUCAAGACGCACUUGUCAACACAGGGAUUGAAAGAAAUUAAGAAAUAUCUGAUAUUUUUAUAACUGCAAAGAGUUAAGUAUGGAAAUAUGGAAUGCUUUAUGGAUAUGGGCACCGGCCUCCGGCAAAAAAAUAUCUAUACCUUACAGAAAAACAUAUGCUACGGAAAUAACUACAAAAUGUGUACAUUUGGUCUCCUUUAUCAUAGCUGACAGUUUAUAGUACUGUAUAUAAUCUUUGCUUGUGUCAUUUGAGAAUUCCCAAGUUAAAUGUAAGCUCCUUGUAAGCUUUCAAAGUGACAUGAGAAAUAAAGAUCUAAUGCUAACUGA